AUGAUGCUGAGCUCCGACCCCCCCUCCCUGUCCAUCCCCUCAUCCCACCCCGGCCCCGCUCCCUCCCCGGCUGCCGGUGCCGGUUCUGGUGCCGGCGCGGAGCCGCUGACCCGCGAGGAGCGGCGGCGCCGGCGCCGGGCCACGGCCAAGUACCGGACGGCGCACGCGACGCGGGAGCGCAUCCGCGUGGAGGCCUUCAACGUGGCCUUCGGGGAGCUGCGGCGCCUGCUGCCCACGCUGCCCCCCGACAAGAAACUCUCCAAGAUCGAGAUCCUGCGCCUGGCCAUCUGCUACAUCUCCUACCUGAACCACGUCCUGGACGUCUGAUCGGCCGUCUGUCCAGCCGUGCGCCCGUCUGUCCGUCCCUGUGUCCAUCCCUGCUGCCCACGCUGCCCC